UUUGGCAAUUCACAACAAUCAUGUUAUACUCAAUUCUUGGUGCUGCUAUUUUCAGUUUGUAAAAUUAGAGUGCUGAAGAACUGUAUUUUCCAUUUUGAAACUGAAAAUAAGCUGUCAAAACUGAAAGAAAUUGGAGUACCGAAGAUCUGCUUGUACUGUCAUUUUUCUGUUUGAAUUGUGCACCAAAAGAAAUUGUUGACAAUCAGUUAGUACCAUAAUUAUUGACACGGAGUAUUUAGGACAAUCCAUGAGGUUUUCUUAGAUGCAAAAAAGUUCUGUUUGUUGUGUGUAAAAAAGUAGUGUGCAUAUCUUUGAAACAUCUUGGAAAAUAUGCAGAGUAGCUGUUGAUGUUGAUCUCCAGCAUGUAUGCAGAGUAGUUGUUUACUGAAUUUUAGGAGUAGACUGACUGAAGCAAAUUUUAUAAUGACUGAAUUUUCAGCCAAGUUUGUUUCUGAAUAGUACUGACAUGGAGCGGUGUAGUGGCCAUGUAUAGUAGUGUAGUGGCCCUGUAGUGACCAAAAAUUUCAAAUUAUUCUGAUUAAUUCAAAUUAAUCCAAAUAAAUUUGUUCACUGUAGAUCCAAUAGAAAAAAAUUGUUCACUAGACUGAAGAAAUCGUGCCAUCAUUGUAGUUCUGAUAGAUUUCUUGGACUUAAGAUUUCAAGACCAUGGCAUGGAGUAGUUAUGGCAGAUUGCUGUAUUAAUAUAGGAGUACUCUGUUUAGAACAUGGAGCAAAUUCAGUAGACAUUUUUACAAGAAUUCAGUAGAUUUCUUUUGUACUGAAAACUUUAGACUUGCUUUUGUACUGCUCCAACUUACUCAAAACUUUAGAACAUGCCUCAUUGAAAUAAAUCUACUAACCUUAAAAGUAUACUGAUUGUGACAUUACGAUGCCUCAUUGAAAUAAAUCCAAAUAUUUUAAAUUAAUUCAAAUAACUAAAAUUAAUCCAAAUCAAUUCAAAUAAUUCAAAUAAAUCCAAAUAAUUCAAAUAACUAAAAUGAAUCCAAAUCAAUUCAAAUAAAUCCAAAUAACCCAAAUUAAUUCAAACAUAACUACUUCUAAUGUGAUAAAGCUUCUGUACAACUUGUGGGGAUCAUAGUUUCUGGAGUACUCCAAACUAGAGUAAUUCCAGCAGUACCAAACAUUACUCCAAAUUUGCAUAUGUUUAGUGACUGCAUAUGUUCAGUGACAUAACAGUUUGACGGAUAGCAAAGUACAGUGUUUGCGUAUGUUCAAAAUUGGCUGAUCUGCUCUAAUUCCACAAUACUAGCAAUAAUUGAUCUAGACAAACAUUCAAUUUCACCAGAUGACUAUCAGUUUCACCGUGAAAAUUGACAGUAAAUUUUAACAGUUUGGAGUAUAGAUUAACUGAAACCUGACAUUUUAACUGAAUUUUACCUUCUUCCUUCCUUAGGAACAUGAGCUCUGGCGGCAACACAAAGAAUUCAGUUAAUACUAUUUUUGCAGAAUUGUUGUUGUCAGUUAACUGAAACUACAGCACAUUCCAAUCAAUUGGCUGAAGUAAAGAACUGAAGAGAUGUUAGUUUUUCCCACAUUUUGGAAAGAACCAUGCACAAAGGAAACAAACACUUCAUCUGAUGGAGUACCUUCUUCAGCUAGCAGUCCAAGAUCAGCUAGCAGUACUCUGAUGGAGUACCUUCUUCAGAGGGCAAAUAGCACCAGCAGCAGCAGUCACGGCGGCAGUCAACAGCAACAACAGAGGAGCAGUAGCAUCAACACGCGGAUCAGCAACAGCGGCACAGGCAGAGGAGCAGUAGCAUCAACACGGGGAGAGGAGCAGCAGCAGCACGGGCUAGCUCCACCGGCGGCAGGGGAGAAACAGAGGAGAAACAAGAUGCAGCAGCACGGGCUAGCACCAUCGGCGGGCACGCAGGCAGAGAAGGAGCACCACGGCGGCGCGUGGGAGGUCGACGAGGAAUCGCGGGAGACCACGGAGGACGCGCGCGAGCUGCUGUCCACCGGAUCGUGGAGGCCGGCUCCGGCGAUGCCCGUAGUUGGAUCGUGGUGGCGCACGGGAGGCAGCUCAAGGUGGACUCGCGGGAGCACGAGGAGGACUCGCAGGAGCUCGAGGACGAUGAGAGGGAGCUCCUGCUCCACCGGAUCGUGGUGGCAAAUUCCGGCGACGCCCGCAGGUAAUCGCCGCGGGAGGGGAUCGCAGCGGCGCAGCCGUGCAGGUCUGGGCGGCGGUGGCGGAGCAAGUACUUGGCGACGGCGGCCGCGUUGAAGGUACGUGGCGACGGAGGCGGAACACUUCCUGGUGGGCGGCAAUCGCGCAGCUUGGCGGCGCCGGCCCCUGGAGACGCACGGGCGACAGCGGAGGAAGAAGACGAGGUGGAGGGACUUGUUUGUGAUUAUUUUGAAACUACGAGGGCUUUUUUAUAAAAUUGGCAAUGAACUACGCCUGCGACAUGAAUUUCGGGACGGAGGGAGUAAAAAUUACAUCUAGAUUCGUAGACCA